AUGGCCCGUGCGCGCCACCACUUGACGAUCCACGAGAAGAACCGCUUGCGCGCGCACCAUCGCGCGCGUCCCGAGUUGACGCAAGAGCAGCUCCGCGAGUGGGUCCACAGCAGCUGUGGCAAAUGGAUCGGGCGCUCGACGAUCGGCAAAAUCGCCCGACUGCCGCACGAAAGCUGUGCGAACCCGAGCGCAAAGCGCAUCCAGAGCGGGCGGUACCCCGAGAUGGAGGCCGAGUUGUUUGCGUCCCUUUCGACGGCAGACGGGGCGCACGCCCACGACGGAGGGCUGCAAGGCGGUCGGCUGGCGUCUCCGCUGCUGAGCGAAGGGCUCUUGUGGACCAAAGCCAAUGAGAUCCUCCGCCGCACGCGCGGGCCGCGGGCCGCUGUGUCGCUCGGAUGGGUUCAGCGGUUCAAGAAACGUCACGGUCUCCAUCGCUCGCAGCGCGAGAAGCGGUGUGUACCGGUCCAGGCAGUUGGAGAGCCACAAGCGCCGACGAUGGGGUUAGAAAGCAAUUGUACGGGCACCUCGCCACGCGGACACGACGACAAAGGGUACAGUAGUACCACCACCACCGACAAGACCUGCAAUACCGACAAGACCUGCAACAGUGGCGGCACCGAAAACGACCAGGAAGCGCAUGUUGCAGGGACAGUGUCGAGCGAACAGACCACUCGCGUUCCGUCCACUCGCAAGCAGUUUGUCUCGGCCGAUGACAUCGUACUGCUGACGCAAGUGCAGCAGACGAAGCCGUGGGCGUACCCGCACUUGAUGGAUGGCUGGCAAGACGUGUGCGCCGAGUUGAGGCGCCGCGGGAGCUCCAGCUUGGACAAGACAGCAGGGGCCUGUCAAGCCCGAGUGGCGCUGUUGCUGGAGCAUUUGCAAGCGGGUAAUGUCGCCGCACUGCGUAAGUCGGGCACGUUGCAAGAGUACGAGCACAAGCGCGAGCUGCUGGUCCAGUUGCAGGCCGACCAGGCUGCGUUUUACGAGUUCCAGGACGAUGUGCGUCAGCGCAGACGUGCGCCGGCGAUGCUGUCGAGUGCAGCAAUGCAGGAGAGUGGGGUUGUUGCAGACGUGAGGGACGCUGCGGCUGCGAUUUCUGCUGGUGCACUAGUUGCAUCGAACGAAGGGGACUGGGAGGGACUCCGCCGUCUCGAGCUGCUGGAGAUCAAGCUGGAAUGCAAACUGGCCGAGCAGAGGCGAUACGUCGACGAGCAAGUGCGGCGACUCGAGAGGCUGCAGUGUGCGCAGCUGGAAGCCCAGCAGACCCAGCACGCGCAGUUGCUCCAGACGAUCCAGCAACAACAGGCCAUGAUGCUCGACCUGAUCAAGUCUGUUGCUGCUCAGUCCAAGUCGGACUGA